AUGAAAUCUAUAUCAUAAUAGACAAGAUCAUUGAUGCAGAAAUAAUAAGAGUUAGGGAUGAUAGAUUCCAGGAUUUCCUAAUUAAAAUAAUAAUUAUAAUUGCAAGAAUCAAAUAAUCACAUCAUCGAAUUCAAAGUCAAUAAAAUCUUGGAAACUAAAUAAAAAACAUCCAAAGAUUAAUCUGAUGUAUUAUCUGUACAUUAUCCAUCUAGUAUAGUAGAAGAUUAGAGAAUCUGAAUUAUGAAUAACAAAACAGAAACAGUAAAAUUAAGUUAUUGAAACAUCUUCAUGAGGAAGAUUCAUUUAGAAGAAAAAGAGACUUGGAUGAAGAGAAGCGACUUGAAUAAGAAGUAAUGAAAGAACGAUCAAUGCUCUAUUAAUUGCAAUAUCAACAUAGUUAGAAUGAAGAACUUUAACUUAAAUAGUAGCAGUUCUAAAAGGUUAAAUUAUAUCAAUUAUAUUAACAUAGAUUUAAGAAUAGAAGUUCAGAAUGAAAUAAAAAUUAGAUUUGAAAAGAAUUGAAAAAAUUGAAAAUGUUAGAAAUUGCCAAAUAAAGAAGAAAGCAGAACUUUCAGUUAAAUUCGAUUUAUAAUAAUAAGAGUAUUAAUUAAAAAUCCAGGAAGAAUAAUCGUUAUUAAAGUAUGUAUUAAUCAUUAGAAAAUAGAAAAUUGUCAUUCUCCUAAUUAAAAUUCUAGGCUUUUAAAGAUGACCUUGAUUUAGCAUAGAAGAUAUCCAUAAGAGAUUACGGAAAUUCGGCAACAAAUCAAGGUUUUAUAAAACAACCAUUUGAUUAAACUAAGAUCAAAAAAGCCAUUAUGACUAGUCCUUAUGCUUAGAUACCAUCCAUUUUAAAUCAAAAGUAUGCUCUUCUAUUUGAGAUAGGGAUGUAGAUAAGUUAAACCUACUAUCAAAAUUAUUGAAACCUUCUUUCAAAGAUCAAUAAUAAACGACUGAAAGGUUAAACCAGAAAACAAACUAAACUCAUUUCCAUACCCAAAUAUCAGACAGAACUCAUACCAAACAAAAUUCAUCUAAAUUCGAUACUGAAACUAGUUAAACUCUAAAAAAUAAAUUUCAAUCUGUUUAAGAUCAAAAUACUAAGUUGGAUGCUCAAAGGAAAGAUUCACGUAAUUGUAAUGACAAUUUGGAUUAAUAAAAACUCUAAAAAUCUGAUAGUAAAUUUCCUCCAUAAGAGAAUCAUAAUGAAGAAAAAGAAGAAAAUAAAGAAAAUCAAUAAAAAGAUAAUUAUGAACAAGAAGCUUCUUAUGAAGAUAAUUAUGAGGAUGAUAAUUAACCUCCUUAACAAGAUUAGGAUGAAUAACAUGAUUAAAAUUAAGAAUAAUAAAAUUAGGAAUAACAAAGUGAAGAAGAAUCUAAUGAAGAAGAGCAGUAUCCAGCAGAUAAUGAUGAAGAAUAGUGAUUGUAAUCUAUUUAUGUUUUUAAAAUGCGUACUGAAUUAAGUACUGAGAUUGAUUUUAAUGGGC